AUGUGGUCCGCCGCUCUCUUCUUAAAGACUUCCCCGGCCGAGACCAACUUCUAUCGCAGAACCAGCCCAGUUCGACGUGACUUCAACCCGGCAAGGCACGAUCCAGACACAGACACAGACACAGCAGUGGCGUCUCAUCUGCAUGCACUAUGCACUGCACCGCGCGUCGAGGGUGCAGUCUGCGAUACGUUCUCGGCCGGUCAACUUCUUCUUCUGCUGCAUCCCCGCUGGCUACUCAUGCCUCAUUCGAUCAAUAACAACGGCGGGGAGGUAAAUGUCUUGGGCCAAGGCGUGAGUGACCGCGAACCCCGCCACGUCUACAGCCAUAUCACAUCAACCAGACAUGGCGUGUCUGGCGAGGUCCUCGUCUUGUGCCAUCGGCAUCGGUACUUGGAUCUCCAGCGGCUUCUUCUCUACCUUCAACGGCGUUUAGCUCUGCCGACUUCGGAAGGGGACCUCAACAAGAACAGACUCGCCAUCCACCCUCCUCCUCCUUGUCUCUUCAAGCUGCACAUUCAAGUAGUACAACGUGCAGUAACAGGUCCAGACAGUCGACGUUCUCGCCAACAAAUCGUGACACGCCCUCUUCAUCCCACCAUCACUUACGCCGUGGGCCAGACCGAACAACACCCAGCCCAUGCCGGUCGUCCCAUGAUUCCCUCCGCCGAGGCGACCUGCAGCACAUCCGACGGACUACAUCGACGCUGGAUGGGGGGCUACACCACACAACACAUCAGCCUGAACGGCUUCGCUGGCCAACUGAGCCAUUUUCCCUUCCAUGAUGUGCUAUCCUAUCCUGCCAUCCCAUCCCACCCUUCCAGAGAUGCCACCGGCUUUGCCCGAUAUCUGAUGCAGGUCCUCCUCAUCCACGUCUUCUCUCUCUCGAUGCCCGAUCUCACUGCCCGCUGCUCUCGUCCAGAUAAGGGCGCCCGUCCACCGUGGAGGCCGUGA